AUAUAGCUAAGGGGAAAUCCUUAUCCUUGACUUCGCUAAACAUUAGCGGAUGAUGAUUAAGAAUUCAUAACUUCAAAUUACAGAAAUAAAGAUUGUAAAUUUGUAGGUGAUAGGCAGAUCCGUCGCCAACCAACGUCAUUGUUAUCGUGCAGGAAGAGAAGCAAGGUUACUUUUAAGGCUUUGUGGGAUAUGCUAUUUCUUAUUCUUAUUUGUGACACAAUUUGACCCUCAAUUUCCUGUAAGACAACUACAUAGAGGCUUGCAAUACGCCUGAGAAUUUCAACUUUGCACCAGAAACUGGAAAUGGUCAAAAGGCAUGGACUAUUUUGAUGCUGACCUGAUACCAUGUCUCAGUGUAUAGACGGGAUUAAGCAUUUAUGCGCUCCCUUCCUCAAAUGUUGUGAUCUUGAUUUGUACCGACCAUCUAGAGAUCUUGAAGAUCCUGAAAUUUUGGCAAGGGAGACAGUGUUCAGUGUAAGUGAAAUAGAGGCACUUUAUGAGCUGUUUAAAAAGAUUAGUAGUGCUGUGAUUGACGAUGGAUUGAUUAACAAGGAAGAGUUCCAGUUGGCCUUGUUUAAGACCAACAAGAAAGAGAGCCUCUUUGCUGAUCGGGUAUUCGAUUUGUUUGACACAAAACAUAAUGGGAUACUGGGGUUUGAAGAGUUUGCCCGAGCACUUUCAGUUUUUCACCCAAAUGCCCCUAUUGAUGAUAAGAUUGAUUUUUCCUUCCAACUGUACGAUCUCAAGCAGCAAGGAUUCAUUGAGAGGCAAGAGGUGAAGCAAAUGGUAGUGGCAACCCUUGCUGAGUCUGGUAUGAACCUAUCUGAUGAUGUCAUUGAGAGCAUUAUUGAUAAGACCUUUGAGGAAGCAGAUACAAAACAUGAUGGAAAGAUUGACAAAGAAGAAUGGAGAAGUCUUGUCCUUCGACACCCAUCUCUUUUAAAGAAUAUGACUCUCCAAUAUCUCAAGGACAUAACAACAACAUUUCCAAGCUUUGUGUUCCAUUCGAGGGUUAAAGAUACUUGAAUUUUUGGUUCAUUUUACAGGUCUAGUUUUUAUUUUGAUUUUGAGAAAGAGAGAGGAUUGAGGAAGUUUAACUUGUUUCUGUCUCCACAAAUAUCUAAUAUGUUUGAUUUGUCAAUUUCCACAUUUUGUCUAUAUGUUCUUGAAUAUGCAUAUUGUCAUUAGGUAGUAUUCAUUGUCAAUUUGUUGUGAUUUGCGGA